AUGAGCAAGAUCUCGAGCGACGUCCUCCGCGAGGGGAUCCAGACCAUCCUGGAGGGCUCCCGCACCAAGCAGCGCAAGUUCACCGAGACGAUCGAGCUCCAGAUCGGCCUCAAGAACUAUGACCCCCAGAAGGACAAGCGCUUCAGCGGCACCGUGAAGCUGCCCUACAUCCCGCGCCCCAACAUGAAGGUCUGCGUGCUUGGUGACGUCAAGCACUGCGAGCAGGCGGCCCUCACCUCAAGCGCCGCCCUCCAGUACGGCGCCCGUGGCCUGUCAUGA